AUGCCGCCAAAGAAGAAGGAUGAUGGGAAGGGCAAGAAGCCAGCCGCUGCCAAGGUGGCAGUAGACAAGACCUUCGGAAUGAAAAAUAAAAAAGGCUCCGCCGCCCAAAGACAAAUUAAACAAAUCGAAGCAACGGCUAAAUCGGGUGGUAGCGCUGAGGAGAAGCGGAAACAAGCCGAGAAGGAGGCACGUGCCCGAGAGAAGAAGGCCGCUGAGGAUGCUAAAAGGGAAACCGAUGCUUUACUCGCCAAACCCAGUCAGAUACAGAAAGUUCCUUUUGGAGUCGACCCCAAGACGGUUGUUUGUAUUUUCUGGAAGAAGGGAAAUUGUGAGAAGGGGAAAAAGUGCAAGUUUGCUCAUGAUCUUGCUGUGGAACGAAAGACCGAGAAGAAGAACCUAUACACCGAUGCGAGAGCCGAAGAAGAAGAAAAGAAGAAACAAGAGACUUCAGAUGAUUGGGAUGAAGAAAAACUACGCAAGGUUGUUCUUUCAAAGAAGGGCAAUCAACAAACCACGACCGACAAGGUCUGCAAAUACUUCAUCGAGGCGAUCGAAGAUGGCAAGUAUGGUUGGUUCUGGAUAUGUCCCAAUGGCGGUGAUAAAUGCAAAUACAAACAUGCUCUACCACCAGGAUUCGUACUUAAGACUAAAGAGCAGCGUGCUGCCGAGAAAGCAUUGCUUGACAAGUCUCCGUUGAAAACACUGACUUUAGAAGACUUCUUGGAAUCGGAGAGGCACAAACUGACGGGCACUCUUACGCCAGUUACACCAGAAUCAUUUGCUAAGUGGAAGAAGGAACGUAUGGACAAGAAGGCUGCCGAGGAACAGGCAAGGCAAGCCAAGGAAUCAACUGGCCGUGCCCUCUUUGAAAGUGGCAACUGGAGGUUCACAGAAGAUGAUGAUGCAUCGGAUGAUGGAAACGAUGACGUAUGGAACUUAGAGAAGAUGAGGGAGGAAACUCAAAAAAUUCGAGACAAGAAGGAAGAAGAGCGCAUAGCUGCCGGGGGCGAGGCUGAUCUAGAGCCUACGGAUACCGGUGAUGGGUCUUGAUCUGAAUGUUGGAACAUGCAUUCAACAAGACAGAGAGAUGCUCUACGCUACAGUCACCGAGAUAAGUGACAAGUCAAGAUUGAGAAUUUGGAGAUAAGGCGCCCAGAAUGCUGUGUCAUUCCCGUAGCAGCCGCCUCGGUGGGUUUGAUCAGCUGGCCCCUCUUUGUUGAGCUGGGCAACAUGGCUGGCAAAACGCCGAUGAUGCCGCGAGAUAUAAUGACCAUCUGGAAGGGGUUUAUCUCGUGAUAUUGUUUCCCGGUUGGGAAACGAACGACUACGUUAUUAUCAUGGCGCGUCUCGUUUUUAACGAUACCUAGCUAAACAUAGGACAAACACCAUCUA